AUGCCGCUUCACAGGCCGGGAGGCUAUAUCGAGCCUUCAUCUGGAUCCGCCGGCAGUCCGUGUAUAUCAGGACGCACACUCAUUGCCUGUCAAACCUGCGCGAGUGCAAAGACUGGCUGCGAUAAAAAGGUUCCUUGCGGCAGAUGCUUGGAGAAGAACAUACAAUGCACCGCUCGAUACGCCCGCCGGGCAUCCAAAGCUGCGAUUCGGGCAGCACAGUCAGCGUCGUCAUCGACGAAGAAUCAAAUGGCCGGGUUUGCCUUCGGUUCACAACAACGUCAGAAGAACUCGUUCUCCUAUGAAGUGGGAAACUACGCUGAGGCUGUUUCUCAGGAGUCUCUACAGCAGCUGCCUUCGAAUGGGGACCAACACGACGAUGCCCUCUGGGAUAUUCUCAAUCCCCUUUCGCCACUUUCUGGCUAUCCAGACAACUUGAACACCAUUGAACACAAACACGAGUCACCUAUAGCAAUUGGUUUCUCGGAAUAUACAGCAUCCGUUGACCUCCUCCCCAACGAUCCGUCAAUGAGAGUGCCGAGGAGCCAUGACUUCUUUCUAGACAAUCUGAUCAAUGGCUCCAAUAAACCGCAUCUUUUCUCCGAAAUACCCUAUUUGUCAGGGGCGAAGGAUCUUUCCAGUAUGGUACAGACAUCGGACACCUGCAAAGACACGCCCAGCUUUUUUGGCGGAUGUCGCAACCUCGAGCUCGACAUUGGCAGCGCCCCCAGCGAACCGCACUCUUGGACAAGACCGUGUCUAUGCGGCGCCCAAUCUUGGAUGAGGAGGCUUAGACUGGCUUACGACUGGGUCCAAAUCGACCAAGAGCUCAGCCUCUUUCACGACACUGAGCAAACCCUUUCCAAUUGCGACCUGGAGCGGCCCCUCCCCGACCCAAACAGUCCUUGGACUACAAGAGAUAUCAUUCGAGAUAGUCAAUCGUAUCUUUCUGAUGGCUUACAUGUGGAUGCCAAAGCCCAAGAAGCAUUCGAGUACGACUUUCGCCCGAGCUUGAGUCAACUCUUCAAAGGCUUGGUUCACGAUGCGACAUCGGGCAGAGUGCCACCAAGGCAUCUUCGCCUCCUUCUUCAUCCGCUGCAAGCUCUGGUCAAUCAGUCUCAGAGACUCCUUUCUUUCGCAAAUCACAACUCGUCGCCAGUGCUGUCCGAAGUGGCAAAUUCUGCGCUCCUGGAAACCCAGAGACUUCUGCGUGCGUGGUACAGGCUCGCACUGGAGGCCCAAGACGAGCACGCAUAUAUGCCCGAUGCCGACACCACGCUGGGCAUGGUUCUGUAUCACUUGAUAUGUCUCAACCUGGCAGCCAGCUUCGUCGACAUUGAGCGGCUCGCCGAUCGAAAGAACAUCGGCAUCGGCUUUUGGCAGCAGUCCCUCCAGCAGGAAAGAAGCAUCUACAGCCGACAACAAGCCAUCUUCCACUGUGGCCAGGCGCUGCGAUACCUGCGGGCGGUCAGUAUAGACUCGCUCCCUUGGUGGUGGCCCACGGCUGUGCACCGAGCAAUCACUACCCUGUGGGCUGCCUCCAUCCUCGGAUCCGGACCAACAAGCUUCUGGCCGCGGGAUGCCAUGGACAUCGUCGAGUCGGGGGGGACGAACUCGUCCGUCGUUGCUCCUGCUCCUGAGCCCUCCAUCAUUGCAAUCGACAACGUCGCCCCUGAAGAUCCGGCCUUUGGUGAUGCCAAUUGGAGCGAGCGACACUUGCUCGUUCUCACCGCUCAGGACGAAGCAGGAGGCGUAGUGGUUUUGACUGAUGCGACGGCCGUUCUGCGAUAUGGCAUUUCGCUCAUUCGUGCGUUUUCGAGUUCGGUUGAUGGAGAGGCGGUGGUUACGAAACUCAAGGAUCUGGGACAGGCUUGGGGCUUGGGAGCGGAAUAA